UUAGCGCGGUCUCAGUUUUACAAAAAUUCAAAUUCAAAUUUUUUCCUGAGCCUAGACCUGUGUUGGUUGACCUAUGUUUAUUAUUUUUUCGGUGAAUGGAUUAAUUCAGGCCACGAUUUUUAAACAACGUUUCGACUUAACUAUAGAUAUGAGAUGACGACUGGUACGGCAAGCAGGGGCGGCGCGACGUUCCUCUUCUAGCGCGAACCGUAGACCGCAGCCCUGCCGAGCGCCGAGCAUCGUCCCAGUUGAUACGGAUCGAACGAUUGCGUAGUCAUCGCACUGUGCCAUAGCCUCUGUGCUGUGGAAAACUUUUCUGUUUAGUUUCAUUAUUGCAGUGAAUUCUAAAUUCGAAAUGUUUAAUUCUCAUUGGUAAAUAAAAUGUCAAUGAUGCUUCUAAUACUAAUUCAAUAAAAAGUAUUACGACGAUUCGAUGUCAGAUUGUACUCAAAAUGGAAGAUUCCUACAUUAUAGCCAACUUUCACGCGCUGUGUCGUCUUUGCUUGACUAAAAGUUCGCUAACAAUAUCAAUAUUCGCCGCUGCUCCUGAUGAAGACUUGAAUAUGCCUUUAACCUCCAAAAUAGCUGAAUGUUUUGAAAUGCAGGUGGAUCCCAAUGAUGGUCUUCCAGGAAGAAUAUGUUAUAAAUGCCUAUUCAAAGUAAAUAAAUGUUCAAAGUUUAGAUUACAGUGUAUUCAAAAUGAAGCUAGAUUAAAGCAAAUAACUAACAGAGUGAAUGAGCAAGACACUUCAAAUUCAUCUGAUUAUAGUAAUUACACUUAUAAAAAUCAUGAAAUGGUAAAACCAAAGCCUGAGGACUACAUAGUUGAAGACAGUGUUGUGAUGGUUGUGGAUCCUAGUUUAGAUUAUGACUCUUCGGAGGAGGAAUCUGAAAAUGUUGAACAACCUGAGAGUGAAAAAAAUGAAUGUGAAAAUAUUCAAGAAGGAGAGCCCACAACGGAAUCUUUUUUUAAAAAUGUAUCCAUGUGCCAGUAUUGCGACCAAGCAUUUGUUUCUCAGGAAAAAUGUAAAGAGCAUGAACAGAAUUACCAUGACCCUAACAUGCCAUACAAAUGUGUGGAGUGCAGCUUGGUUUUUGCAGAGCGUAAUCAAUAUGUACAGCAUACUAAACAUGUGCACCAAAGUGACAAGCCAUAUCAUUGUCCCGAAUGUGAAAAAUGUUUUGGUAGAAGAUCUGAUUUAAGAAAACAUUCAGUUGUUCAUACAGGCAUAAGACCAUUCCAAUGUCAUUAUUGUCUUAAGAGUUUUUCACGGAACACAAAUUUAAGUAAACAUUUGAGAAUACAUGCAGGACAUAAACCCCAUGUUUGUCCCAUGUGUCCCAGAAGUUUUGUAGCCAAGGGAGAUCUACAACGGCAUGUUCUCAUUCACUCUGGUAUGAAACCUUAUGCUUGCAGUAAAUGUCCCUUAUCCUUUGGACGAAGGGAUAAACUUAUAAAACAUGAAUUAAAGCAUGGUCCUAUCAACUCACAAAUUAAAAGAAAUGAAUCUGAGAUUGAUCAAGAAACCCAUGACAUGGUUGUCAGUAUUAAUCCUUUUAGCAACAUAAUGACAUCCCCAACUCAGCUCAACCCUGAAAAUUCCAUUGGUGAUUAUGACUUUCCUAGUGUCCCUGACCACAUAGUAGGUGAAAGUAGUUUUAUAAAUCAUGUCAGAAAGAAUCCUCCCACCCCUAGUAAGUCAAUGCAAGGUUCACCUGGUAAGCAGAAAAUGAUGACUAACAAAAACAAACCAAAGAACAUAAAAUGCCAUCAAUGUACAAAGCGAUUUUCAUCUCUAGAUGCCUAUAAAACACAUGUUUCUGUUGCUCAUAUUGGAUCUAGAGUUUUUCAAUGCAAAGUGUGUUUUAAAAAGUUUUCCAGGAAAAGAGAAUUAGACCGUCACACACAAACACACAUAGGCAUGAAACCAUUCUCAUGCAAUAGCUGUGAUAAGAAAUUUAAUAGUAAGGAAAAAUUGGAUAAUCAUGAACAAACACAGGAGUGUUCAGUUGUUAACAUGCCUUGCAUAGAAUGCGGUUUGACUUUCAAAAAGAAAGCCGAUUUAGUUGCACACAUUAAAUCACACUUUACAGAUAAUUUUGAUGACAAACUAUGCAUGAGCGAAAUAAAAAAAGAGACGGAAUCAGAUUUCCAGCUUGAUGACAACUUUUAUGAAUUAGAAACCUGAGACUUGGAGUUUGACAUUCAAAAAAUGUUUCAAUGAUAU